AUGUCCUCCACCGAUCUCCCUCAAUUCAGAAAAGACUUCCUCCAAGCAGCUAUAGAUGGCAAAAUCCUAAAAUUCGGCAGCUUUGAGCUAAAAUCCAAGCGUAUCUCUCCCUACUUCUUCAAUGCGGGCCUCUUCUACACAGCAUCUCUCCUUCGCUCUAUCUCGACCGCUUACGCGAAAACCAUAAUCGAAGCCUCUUCUUCCUCUAACCCUAUCGAAUUCGACAUCUUAUUUGGCCCUGCCUACAAAGGCAUCCCUCUCGCUGCCGCUACAGUCGAUAAGCUCGCUGAUCUACAGCCCGAGAAGUACGGAUCUAUUUGCUAUUCUUUUGAUCGUAAGGAGGCAAAGGAUCAUGGCGAGGGAGGCAAUAUUGUUGGCGCGCCAUUGAAGGGCAAGAGAGUACUUAUUGUAGACGAUGUCGUUACCGCUGGGACCGCGAAGAGGGAAGCGAUUGCAAAAAUUCGCUCGGAGGGCGGCAUUGUAGUCGGUAUUCUUGUCGCGCUGGAUCGCAUGGAGAAGUUGCCCAGUCCAGAUGGAGAUGAUCUGAAGGCAAUGCCGAGCGCAAUUGGAGAGAUCAGGAAGGAAUAUGGAAUUCCGGUGUUAGCUAUUUUGACGCUGGAUGACAUUAUUGGGGGUGUUAAGGGAGCGGUCUCGGAUGAAGAUGUUAAGAGGAUGGAGGAGUACAGAGCGAAGUACAAAGCAAGUGAUUAG